AAACCAGAAAACCCCCACAUUAAAGAGCAAAACCUGAGAAUAUACAGGAAACUUGACACUGCCGGCUGCCCUGCAACGUCCUAAUGAAAGGAGAGAAAGAGAUCACGACCAAGAUGGACCCGUCUAACGGGCUGAACCGGCCGCUGGAGAUUGUCCCGCACACGGAGGUGAAGAUGAAGGACAGAGGACAGUGGAGCAACAAGCUGGAGUUUGUCCUGUCGGUGGCCGGAGAGAUCAUUGGACUGGGAAACGUGUGGCGCUUCCCAUAUCUCUGCUACAAGAACGGUGGAGGUGCAUUUUUCAUCCCCUACCUGAUCUUCCUCUUCACCUGCGGUAUUCCCGUGUUUUUCCUGGAGAUUUCUCUGGGUCAGUACACCAGCGAGGGAGGAAUCACAUGCUGGAGGAAGAUCAGCCCGCUGUUUGAAGGUAUCGGUUACGCCACUCAGGUCAUCGUGGCUCUGCUCAACUUCUACUAUAUAAUAGUUUUGGCCUGGGGAAUAUUUUACCUGUCCUUCUCCUUCUCCUGGAACCUGCCGUGGGCCUCCUGCAACAACACCUGGAACACAGAUGCCUGCGUGGAAUUCCAAAGACGAAAUGAAUCCAUUGACCAAAGUUACCUUGAAAACGCAACAUCGCCCGUAAUUGAGUUUUGGGAACGCAGAGUUUUGCGGAUCUCGUCUGGGAUUGAGGAGAUAGGAACGCUGCACUGGGAUCUGGUCCUCUGUCUGUUGUUGGCCUGGGUUCUCUGCUAUUUCUGCAUCUGGAAAGGCGUCAAAUCCACCGGCAAGGUGGUGUACGUCACUGCGACCUUCCCGUAUGUGAUGCUGUUGAUUUUACUGAUCAGAGGGGUCACGCUGCCGGGAGCGUCCCGUGGGAUCCAGUUCUAUCUUUAUCCCGACUUGGGACGGUUAGCGGACCCGCAGAAGAGCCCACAAACCCACGUGAUAUCUGAGAACAGGCCACGGCACGGCCACCCAGAUGCAUCCCAGCAUUCCUUAACAUCAGAACAGCUUAAAACCUCUUCUGGUCCUGGUUUGGCGUUCAUUGCCUAUCCGCGGGCAGUGUCCAUGAUGCCCAUCUCUCCGCUCUGGGCCUGUUUCUUUUUCAUCAUGAUUGUACUGCUGGGGUUGGACAGUCAGUUCGUGUGUGUGGAGAGUCUGGUCACAGCUAUGGUGGACAUGUACCCGACUUUCUUCCGGCAGAAGAACCGCAGAGAGCUGCUCAUCCUCGCCGUGGCCAUCGUGUCCUUCCUCGUGGGUCUCAUUAUGCUCACAGAGGGUGGAAUGUAUGUCUUCCAGCUGUUUGAUUACUACGCAGCCAGUGGGAUGUGUUUGCUAUUCGUAGCUGUUUUUGAGACCGUCUGCAUCGCUUGGAUAUACGGUGCUAAUCGGUUUUAUGACAAUAUUGAGGACAUGAUUGGUUACCGUCCUGGGCCGUAUAUUAAAUACUGCUGGCUCUUCUUCACCCCAGCCACAUGUUUUGGUACGUUUGCGUUCUCCCUGAUCAAAUACACUCCUCUGAAGUAUAAUAACGAGUAUGUGUACCCGUGGUGGGGUUACGCUCUCGGCUGGCUGCUGGCGCUCUCCUCUAUGAUUUGCAUCCCGCUGUGGGUUGUUUCUAAACUGAGCACGGCCAAAGGUUCACUGAGAGAGCGUUUCCAUGAGCUCAUCACGCCCUCACCGGACCUCCCCAAAACCAGACGAGAGCAGGAGAAACUUCAGGCCAUCUUUGCAGCCGACGGCGACACUCUUCGCCAGCGAGGCGGUCCGACCAAAGACGGGUACUUCCCUGUCAGCGAGAAGGAGUCGCACUGUUAGCCCAGCCGUCCCAUGAUGGACCACUGUAUGUUUCCCCGAGGGUGGUGCUUCUAAACCUUCCCAUGAUACCUCACACAGUACUGGCAGCCAAAUAAGCAUUACGACAGACACGCCAGGGUGACGCUCCAGCUCUCCUCGGUCUGAGAGGGGAUUCUCUCUGUUCUCAUUGACCAGAGCACACAAAAACACAGUUUGUGUCAAUAUUAUAGACAGCAGAAUGUCACAAUGUAAUUUUAAACGUGAUAUUGGAGAGAAAGCUUAGGGUUAGCAAGCGUUACUUCUAAUUUAUGUCUUAACUAAGCCACAAAAGUGUCCCAUGCAUGGUCAGAUUUAAUUGGAUACGCAUUAUAGGCAAGACUCUAAGGCAAAAACAUUUUUCAUGCACUGGUCAAUAUUGAGAUUUUUGGCUAUCUUGCUUUCUAUAAUAUGUUUCUGAUUAAUGAAAAGAAAGCAUCUAAAAUACACUUUGAAGUUUUUAUUACACUUUAUCUAUUUGCAUCUGAGGAUUUAAAUUACAAUACAUAUUUUUUUUGAGGCCAUUUUCUCGAAAUGAGAUUUUUCUCCACUUACAGUAAGUAGUACGUACUUACACCAAACUUAAAAGUUUUAUUCAUAUUUAUAUUCUGAA